CGUCCUCGCUGGGAACGCACUUCCGGGACGCGGGGCGGCAGACGCUGCGGAGGCUCCACUGAGUGGGCGAGAGAGAUGUCCGGGCUGUGAGCCGCAGGCCCACAUCAUCUCUACUGUGUAUUCAUUUCUACUGUGUUCAUCUCUCCUGUGUGUUUCUUCUAAAUUAAAUAAACCUAUCAGGUACUUGAAAGGUUUCACAGUUCUGCACAAGGCUGCCUGCCAUGGGCUGUCGGGAUGUCCAUGCAGCCACAGUCCUCUCCUUCCUGUGUGGAAUCGCCUCAGUAGCAGGCCUCUUUGCGGGAACUUUGCUUCCUAACUGGAGAAAAUUACGACUGAUCACAUUCAACAGAAACGAGAAGAACUUGACUGUUUACACAGGUCUGUGGGUGAAAUGUGCCCGGUAUGAUGGAAGCAGUGACUGCCUGAUGUACGACACUACUUGGUACUCAUCAGUUGACCAGCUAGACCUGCGUGUCCUCCAGUUUGCCCUGCCCCUCAGCAUCUUGAUUGCAACGGGUGCCUUGCUGCUCUGCCUGAUUGGAAUGUGUAACACGGCCUUCAGGUCCUCGGUGCCUAACAUCAAACUGGCCAAGUGUCUGGUCAAUAGUGCAGGUUGUCACUUGGUGGCUGGGCUGCUUUUUUUCCUGGCAGGUAUUGUGAGCCUCUCUCCAUCGAUCUGGGUCAUCUUUUAUAACAUCCAUCUGAACAGGAAGUUUGAACCAGUCUUUACAUUUGACUACGCAGUUUAUGUUACUAUUGCCAGUGCUGGGGGUCUGUUCAUGACUUCCCUCUUAUUGUUUAUUUGGUAUUGUGCAUGCAAAUCUCUGCCUUCUCCUUUCUGGCAGCCACUGUAUUCCCAUCCCCCCAGUAUGCACAGUUACUCUCAGCCCUAUUCAGCACGUUCCCGCCUCUCUGCCAUUGAAAUUGACAUUCCAGUAGUUUCACACACUACCUAAUGAGAAUAUAGUUAAUUGUUUAAAAAAAUUUCUUGUAGCCCCUCACAUUCCUGUUGUAUAAAAAGCCUUUUUGAGCCUCUGUACAUUUUCCUUUGUUCCCGAGAGUCAACAAAUCCAAAUUUGUAUGUCCUGGUGGAAUGAAGUGCUGCUAGUUCUUAGGAGUAAAUUACAUUAUUUUUAAAUGUAAAACAUUUCUUUUCUCUUGCUUCUUAUAUUGGAAGGAUUUUUAGCCUCUUUGAUAUCUGAUCAAUUAUUUAAGGGAAACAGCCUGUGUGGUUUAGAACAGUAUAGUAAAGAAUGAUGGCUAAGAGGGGCUGUUGUGUACAAUCUAUGAAUAUUUCAGAUUGUGUUUUGGCCUUUUUCAGUAAUACUUUACACUGGAAAAAGAAAGGCAACUUUAAAAGAAAUUUUCGUCAGCUAAGGGUAAUAUUUUAACAGUAGUCAAUAAUCUAGCCACCUGUGGCUAUAACUUGUUUUCUCUCUUGGGGCUAAUUGUAUUGAAUAAUCUUCAGUAUUUUGAGAAUUACUUUCUUAUUUUGUGAGUUCCUUAUCUUCUACCUCAUGCCAGUGUUUAAAAGUAAAAUGCAUUUUAAGUGAAGUCAGAAUAAGACAAACAUUUAAGUAUCUGUUGUGAAUAACAUUUAAAUAAUUUUAGGGCCGGGGAUUUAGCUCAGUGGUGCUGCUGCCUGCCUCGCAAGUGCAAGGUCCCAAGUUUGAUCACGAUACCAAAAAAAACCAUUUAAAUAAUUUUAAUGAUUCCAUAAAUUGUAUCGUUGGAGUCCAAAUGUGCCCUCUGACUAAUUUGUACUUCCUCUGAGGCAGAAAAACUUGUUAUUCUAGAUAUCAUCUAUCAGGCUGUACUUAGGCACACAUAUAAUCUCUUAGGAGCUAAGAGAAAUUAACAAAAGGUUGUUUGGACCUAAUGGUUUGUUCUCUUUAGACAUAAGUGGUAGGGGACAAGAAUCUGUUCUUCAUUACAACGGAAGUGAUUUACUGGUGACUACUGUGUGGGUGAAGUAAGAAGAUGGCUUUACCAUAACCAAUUCACUUCCUCCCCCAUCACCAGUUACUGUCUUGAGUGUUUGUCUUGGCCCACCACUUUAGUAGGUGGUUUGGAGGAUACAGGAGAAGUAGGGGAUCAGGUCCUAUCCAUGAGUAAGUUUUAAUCUAAUAGGCAAGAUCAAAUAACCAAACUAUUACCUGACAGGUAGUGAACAGGCUGACUUCAUUGUUGCUGGUCUUCUCAGUCGUUCAUCCAGGAAUACAUUUCAACAAGAAUGAUGACUUUCUGAUAGUCAAAUUAUAUAAUACCAGCAAUAUCCUGGACCCUAGAAAUUCACUGUACUUGCAUUCAUCAGAUUCUUGUGGUACCUCCCUUCGCCUACAUGCUGUAACAACACUACCAUAAUCAAGAGGCUGGGUAAAAGUGAUAGAGAAAUUGUACCAUUUCCACCUCUGAAAUCAUAAUGAUGUACUAAGGAGGAAUGAGUUAAAAUCUGUAUCGUGAGGUGGUAUCAGUUAAGUGUAACUAUCUCAACAUUGAGAUAACACUUCGAGAUUCAGGGAUUUAGGGUGUUUGCCCUUAUGAAUUUGAGCUGCUUAUUUAGUUGGAGUAAUUUGCUAUAUAUUAGUAUUAUGUCCAUAAGGACUUUGUUUUGUUAAAGAUUUUACAAAUAGCUAAUUGUAUAAUAAACAGAUUUAUGCAUCUUUUACAAAUCUGAUUAUGAUUCUGGUAUACAUAUAUAUAGAUAUAUAGUACUUUUUCUAAUUCCAACACUACUUUAUGUAAAUAGAAAAUAAAUGUAGUUGCAUAAUUUUUAAAUGCCAUCAGUAGAACACAUGCAAGGCUGUUUUUCACUUAUAGCUUCUAAUUUUCAGUUGUAAUUCUUUUCAUUCUCCUCAGAUGGAGCUGAGUCUUGAUCAUUCCAAGGUAAUGACUGGUAGAAUUUUGAGAUUAAUACUAAUUUUCCCACUUGGGUAAUUUAGUUCCUUCUCACUAAAAUUUUGUCCAGAAGGAUCAAGAAUUCUACCAUCCCUUGAUCUUUGCAUAAACAAUGUUAAAGAAAAAGAAUGAGCUAUUACUAGGCAGUUUUUAGUUUUUGCAAUUAUAACAACUCAUAUAAACAUAGAGCUUUCCUAUACUUCAUAAUCUUCAUAAUCAUACAGAUUAUGAAAUUAGUAUUUAUUAUAGAUUCACAUGACAUAAACAACUGUUUUCUUAUUGUCUUAGUGUUUCAGAUUUGCUGUCAACUGUUUUUUUAAACCAUUAAAGGAAAACAAGUAUUUACAGUUCUUUGUAAUGGUUUUUGAGCACCGAUCAGGCUAUCAUUCUGAUUGGGGAUAAUUUUUUGCUGUUACAGAAGCCAGCUUGGAAAACAACCUUAAAUGUGGUAUGGUGCACCAGAUUUGGUUUAUCCAACCUGGAGAAAAACCAAGAUUCUGAGUUUAUUUUACUUGUACAUACAUGCUAUAAAGGAUAGUAUGUUUGCUGUAAACUGCAAGGUAAAACCUCAAUAAAAGUGUACU